AUGUUUUUUUUUUUUGUUGUUGUGGUUCCAUAUUGCGGUGGAGGCAUGUUUGUCACUUAUCUCAUAUUCUCCUCCAAUGAAUCGAGACUGUAUGGAUAUUGCUUAUUUAUGCCUUUUUGUUUUGUUGUAAAAUCUUUUUCUGUAUUCUUUUUUUCUUUUCAUUUUUCUGAGAAAGGUUGGUUUAUGUUAAAGGGGCCCUGGGUUGGGGGAGAUGCGAGAAAAAGAUUAUAUGUCAUGGCGGCGGUAAUGCUGUUGAUUGUGUUAAUGUUUAUGGGGGUAAUGGAUUUCAGGAAGAGGGAGGCCAAGCGGUGGGUGAAAAAUAGUAGUUUAAAUGACCAUUCGCCAGGAGUGUAUUAUGUUGUGGUGCAAACGAAACCUUCCCCAGGGUGGUGUCGAAUGCUUCUGAGUUCUGUUCUUACAAAUGUGAGAGUUGCGACGGUGGGCGCAGGUGCGGUUUAUGUGCAUGCAUGGAGGUGGGCGUGGAUUCGAAAGUAUAUGUUGUGGAAGAGGAUGCAGGAUAAUGAUGUGAUGGUGAUAUUUGACGGCGGCGAUACGUUCUUCUCAGAAGCAGCGAGAAGAGAAGAAGCAAUCGAGUAUUUUAUGAACACAACACCGAGCACGCGAGAGUUGUUUAGCGAGGAAGACACUCUUCAUGGGAAAAUGGCACCACCGUUAUUAUUCGCCGCUGAAAAGAAUUGCCAUGCCCCACAAACGUAUAUCAUGACGGGUGUAGACACUCGGAAGGUUAAACCGAGGGAUAUGUGUAUGAACCUCUAUGAGGGAGCACUCGCGGUUUCCAUUAAAGAGGGAACGCAAGCUCUUUUGAGGGAAACUCCCUCGGGGGAAUCACACCUUAAUGGAGGAGGGAUGAUAGCCAGAGUGUGGGCACUAAAGGAAGCUUUGGAGGUUUUCUUCGCUCUGAAACGACGGAGUUUCAAGUGGUGGUGCGACCAGAGCAUGUGGACAAUGGUGUUUAUAUGGAGUGUUACCAGGCCAAAACAUGCGAAUCGAAAGUUGUUGCUUCGAAGGGGAAUAAUGUCUCUCGAUUACGAGACACGAUAUUUUCACUAUCCGUCCGGGGUGCCGGUUAAAAAUGGCAUGAUCUUGCACUUCCCAGGCCCACCCGCCGCUCGAAGCGAAAAGAUGCUCCAAUUCAUCAACGAGACGAGUUGGUAUAGGGCACUACGGGACUCUUCCACCCAACGGGAAGCGUACAAAUACUUGUUGGAACGUUAUACUACUGAAAUCCACACCGUGUGGGGCUCUCGUAAGUACGUAAAAUUUAGUACUGUCUGCAACGUUUCAAACGCCGCGAACCCCCGGUGGCUUAUUGGACCUCUGAAUAAAAAGUAG